AUGAGCGUCGUUGGUGAUACUAGCCAAAGGAUCCUAGCAACUAAGAAAGCCAUCCGUUUUGUGAGUUGCUAUGCUUCCAAGUGGCCACGCUUCAUGCAAACGAGCCAGGUUUGGAUGUCGUCGAAUUGGAUCCACCUCCACUUUCAUCUUCGUGUCCUGUCAGCCGGGAAGCAGUACUUGCCGAGCGUCUAUCAGUAUCGCCCGAAGAAUGGACUUCGACCCGCUCGCUUCUCCGGCAAACUCACUUCACUUAGCGGCACAGAUGAUAUUGGCAUCGCCGAAGAAAGAUUCUCUGUUGCUGUAGUCACUUCUCAUACGGCAGAUAUGCCGUUAUAUACGAUUAUUUACCUUAGCGAUUCUGGCUACCGGCGACUCUUCAUGGAAAGUGAAAGGCCCCUGGAUAUGCCGAGUCGAGGAAAGUUUACAGGUGUUGCCGUAUAUCUCAAAGUCCUGCUUUUUGUCCUGCCUAUAUGGAGACGCAAAUGGACUGAAACGCUAAAUGAAUUUGAUAAUUUGGUUGGAGUUAAGAUCGACGACCUGUUUGAUCCGAAGCGAGAUGGUGCUGCGAUGUUUGACAGUUCUUUUGAGAGGUCUAAGCUUUAUUUCACAGUUCUUCAGACAUUGAGGGUAUUCUCGGAGUGGAUUCAGGAGAGUGAACGAGAACUCCAACAGCUCAAACAGAACUUCGAUGUUAACAUUCAAUCUAACGCCGCCCGUCGUGGCUCCGUCGCUUCAAACCACGGCACCGCGUCUCCAGUUAUGUUCAUGAAAGAAAUCGAUGAGGCAUGGGAAGAACUCCUAGCUACACACGAUUCUUCUUCGAAAUACCUUUUAGAUCGCAUAGGAAAGAAAGAAGUGGAGAUCAAAAGUUUUAGAGAUGGGCUCUUCAGUGCCACUUCAGUACGGGAGGCAUCUCGGGCGACAGCAUUGAACCAAUACAUCCUAGUUUUCACAAUUGUCACCAUAUUUUACCUUCCCCUAAGCUACGUCUCGUCUCUAUUUAGUAUGGAUAUUUUCGAUUACGACAGCUUCCGUAACAGCCAAGCAUCAUUUGUUACCAUCACCAUCACGAUAGCAGUUUCUACCUGGGCAGUUUCGGCUGUAGUUCUCUGGCUACUUCAUGAUGAUGGAAGACUGUCCAGGUUCAAGGUAUCAUUAGGUCGAGUUCGAUGGAAAGCCAUUUAUCCUCCCCAAAAGCGCAAAUUUAAGGAAGAUGAACAAAGACCCAUAUUCUCGGGUAUAUAG